AUGGCGGUCGGUCCCACUCUCGGAACCGGUUUGUUCAUCGGUUCUGGUCAAGCCCUGGCUGUGGGAGGUCCUGCCUCGUUGCUUUGUUCUUAUGUAUUCAUAUCCCUCUUGGUAUACUGUCUGACCACUGCGGCUGCGGAACUCGCAGCUCAUAUGCCUGUCCGUGAUGGCACGAUGUUCACACACACGUAUCGAUAUGGUUCGGCUCAUCUGGGUUUCGCCCUUGGGUACCUUCGCUGGUACUCCCUGGCUUUGUUGGUCCCCUUUGAAAUCACCAACGCGAUGGUCAACCUGGCCUUGUGGGAGCCCGGCGCCCAUGUGACAGUACGAAUUGGCAUCGUCACGGCGAUAAUCUUCAUCUUCAAUAUGCUGCCAGAAAGGGUGUUUAAAAGAUCGGAGACCUUCUUUACGGCCGUGAAGCUUGUGACGACGACUGGACUGAUCCUUCUUUCCAUUUUCCUAGCGGCUCGAGGGGUUCCCGACACCUCAAUUCGGGGCUUCUAUUACUGGCGUCACCCUGGUGCUGUGAACCGCUAUCUUACCGGGGGCCAUACGGGACAAUUCUUGGGUCUGGUGCAAUGCGUUCUUUUUAGCACGAUCUUGUUCAUCUUCAGUCCCGAGUUGACUGUGGGGAGAGCGGAAAAGGCAGACACGGAGACCGGUGCCAACAUCUUGAGAGUGGCAAAAGUCGAUAAUAUCCAGCUUUGCGUGCUCUAUAUCCUCAGUGCAUUGGCCGUCGGUGUGAUGAGCCCGUCAGAUGAGCCGCUGCUGACGAAUUACGGUGCUGGCGCCGGACUUUCGCCGUACGUUGUGGGCAUUCGAAGAGCUCAAAUACCCGCGCUCCCCGUUGUCGCCACGACACUGAUAUUAUUUUCCUCCGUGGCAUCCGCUCGCUCAUUCCUGUUCAUUUCUUCGCGUAUUCUAUGCUCGUUGGCCGAAGCGGGACAUGCGCCGGCGCUCUUCAAGGAGCGCAACGGCUGGGGAGUCCCGUACGCGUCGGUGAUGGCAUCCGCUUUAUUCGCGAGCUUCGCCUUCCUGUCCCUGAGAUUAUCCGUAUGUGCCGUCUUCAACUUCCUGAUGUAUUUCAUCACGACUUCGGGCUACAUCUCCUGGCUGUGCUUGUGUAUAAUUUACCUGCGUUUUCGACGAGCGACCAAGACACAGGGGUUCGUAUGCGUUCACCGGACCUUCGUCCAGCCGUACGGCACGUACUUUGCCAUGCUGGUCUGCGCUUCGCUGUCCCUUGCUAACAUCCUCAUGACCGUGAUCCCGGCGCGGCUGUCGAUCCGGUACCCCGUGGCCGUGUAUUUGGGGACGAUCACAUUCCUUCUGCUCUAUAUUGGACACUAUGCGAAGACUUCCAUGGCACAGCGCCGCUUGAAUGGCCCAUCCGUGGCUUUUAGCCUCUCUCACGGCUCUCCCUCCCUCCUCGCUCCUUCGCCCUCUCGCUCGCCCUCUCUCCCUCCCUCUUUUUUCGCUUGCUCUCGACCUUUGUUCCCUUCUUUCCUGAUCUACAGAUCUCUCGCCACCACGCAACCAACCACGGAGCCUUAUCCGGUCACCGUCCCUCUGAACUCGCCGGUCGUGAACGGCGCUGUUUCCGACUCCGCCGCUCCCGAUGAGGAGGAGCCGUAUACCAUCAAAUGCAUCUGCUCUUUUGAGGAUGACGAUGGGAAUACGGUCUUCUGCGAGGGAUGCGAGACCUGGCAGCAUAUCGAGUGCUACUACCACGCUCAGGCCGUGCCAGAGGUCCACAACUGCGCGGAUUGUGAACCCCGUUCGUUGGACGGCCGGCGCGCUACGGAACGGCAACGACGUCUCAGAGAGCAGAGUGAUGGCGGUGACCGCAAAGCCAAACGUUCCGGCGCAAAGACUCAGAAGAAGAAGCCCAAGGAGCACGGCGACCAGGUGAACGGUUUUCAUCACCGAUCUGAGUCUGGCGCCCGAGACCAUCACCCCACGAAGAAGGCCAAAACCAACCAUCGCGCCUCGGGCUCCGUCAGCUCCAUGUCUGGCCUUCCCUCCCUCCAGCCAGACCGAAAGCGCUCUGCCACCUCGAUGAGCCCAACCAAACCCUCAGGCCCUUCAAUUCCCCUAUACUCGAAUGAGUUCCUUCAUUUGUAUGAACGUGACCAGGGACAUGCCAACAUGGACAGUAAUCUCUUCGUCAACCUACCCCUCGCUGCCGACUUGGCGUCGUGGGUGACGGAGCCCUCGGCGCUUGCUCGUGUCGCGAACGGCCGGUCGGCGCAAGAUAUCUUCACCUGGUCCGGGGCUGACAUCGAUCGGUCUCGAUGGCCGUCGCUGUCCACCGAAUCCAUUUCAGACCCCCUUGUCGAGGUUGAUGGCAAACACCCCACCUGGAAGAUUCUCAAGACGGAAAAUCGCGUGUCCAAGGACGAGAUUGUUGGAGAGAUCACUGGAAAGAUCGGACUACUGCGGGAUUAUUGCCUGGACCCAAGCAAUCGCUGGCAAGAACUUCGACACCCGGAGCCGUUCGUCUUCUUCCAUCCUCAACUCCCUAUUUACAUUGACAGUCGACACGAGGGAAGCAUUCUUCGUUACGUUCGGCGCUCCUGUCGGCCUAACGUAACGAUGAAGACUUAUAUCACCAAUGAGGUAGAGUAUCACUUCUGCUUUGUCGCCAAGGAGGAUAUUGCUGCCGAUUCGGAGAUCACCGCCAUGUGGUAUCUGGACCCUCAACUCUUCGAGUCCACCAACGGGGUUGUCAAGCAGGAAUCCAAUGACAAUGCACAAGAUCUAGCCGCCAUCUGCAUUAGUAAUGUGCUCGCUCACUUCGGCGGUUGCGCCUGUAGCCCCUCGAUUCCCUGCCUGUUGUCCAGCGUGGAUCGCCGACGGUACCCCAAAGCAUUGGAUCCCAACGCCAAACAAGCCGCCGCUGCCAGACGCAAGAAGACGAAAAGCAAGUCCAACAUCUCUCCACCGGCCACGAAUAGUCGUGCUGGUAGUGAGACCACAAAGAACGUGGAUGAAGAUGAUCCGGCCGACAGCCGCUCGGCAUCAGGCUCUGCGCGAGGACAAACCCGGAGUCGCGAUCUGACGCCGACUCUGCAGACGCCCACCGAAGGGAGUGGUUUUGGGGAUAACGGGCUGUCUGCGCGCGAGAGGCGGAAGAUCGCUGCGGCGGAGAAGAAGUUCCAGCAAUUGGAGCAUGACCAGCAAACAUCGCAGAAAAGGAAGAAACGUGCCAGCGGCCCAACUACGCAGGCGACGCCGACGGUCGGAAGCGCUUCGGGUCAGCCCCAUUAUUUCGGAUUCCCAGGGGUCGACGACCGGCAAUCACAUUCUCCUCCGCUGACCAUCUCAACCGGGCUGCCGCCCAUGGCACGCCACGGAUCGCCACGGAAGGCUUCCGGACCAAGCAAUCCCACCGUGCCGUCGCCCCGUGGUCGUCAGCCGUAUGUGGACUCGGCCAUCCAAACCGAGCCAGACAUUAGCGAUGGACAAUCUCUAUCUCCUCUGCCCUCCCCUCGACGGCCCAAUUUCGUUUCGCUCACCCAGCGACUGCUGAAACGGUGCUAUUCGGAUCGUGUACGGCUGGACCAAAUCGGUCAGCAAUCUCCCGUGUCCCCCUCUCAGCGGAAUCACAAUCCACAUCUUGCCUCCCCGUCGUCAAGUCCCCAUGGGCCACCUUUCACUGCCACGACACCCAGCGUGUCCGGUGAGAAGGAAGACGUGGAGAUGAAAGACGUGGGCUCGCCAUUGGGACUGUCUCCAGCACAGCAACAAGCCCGCGAUCUUGAGUCUUCGCCGUCAUCAGUCCGCAGCUCCGUCAAACCCCUGUUGCCGCCACCGUGGCCAUCAACAGCAGCUCACAAUGCUCGAUUGCCUGGAAGCAGAGUCGGUGGCCAACCCGAUGCCCAGAGGGCUCUUUCCUCUGCAACCGCGCCGUCCGUACCAUCCGCCACGAGUCCAAGCUCCGUCGCGCCGUCCGUCCUCUCAUCCCCGCCUACCUUAGACCCCCCUGCGCACAACGCAACCGCUCCUGGUUCUGGUGUCACGGCACCCAGUCCCGCGAAGAAGAAGCUCAGCCUAGGCGAUUACUUGAUCCGAAGAGGGACUUUAGCAACGCCAAGCUCGGAGAAGCCUCCGACUCCGGUAACAGCGAUGCCCCCGCCCAAGUCGCCCCCUAGUCAGCCCCCGGCGCAUCACGAUGGGGCAACGACCCUUGCGGAUAAUUCACGUUCCGAGGACAAGAUGAUGACGGAAGGAGGCCCAGCAAAACCUGACGCUAGUUCUCCGGAUGUCGCCAUGAAAGAUGUCUCCGAGUCGACACUCCCGUCGCAGCUUUCACCUCUUACAUGA